UCAAAUUUAGACGACCUAACGAUUAUGUAAGCCAUAAAUUACUAACCUCCUAAUUUCGUUGACAAAUAAGAAUAAUGUUAAUAAGUAUAAAUAGCAUAUGAUAGAGUUAAAUUUUGGUAACAUUUUUUAAAACACGAUCCUGAAGGAAACCUUUAAAACUAGAUUAAAGCUUUAGGAGAAGCUAAAGAAUUACUUUUAAUGGUAAAAGAACUUAUUUAAAAUAAAUAAGACUAAAAUGUAGUAAGCUUAAUUUAAAUGAAAGAUGCUUCUUUAAAACCUAAUGGUUUAAUUCCUUCUAACUUAUAAAAUAAAAUGGUAGAAAUUAACAUUUCUCAAUCUAAUAAUGAUUAAGAAAAAACUUUAAGAAAAAUUGAAGAAGCAAUUAUUCUUAUUGAUGAAUUGAAAUCUGAAUAUAACUAGAUGUAUAAUGAUAGUUAAAAUUUCCCUACUUAUGCUGAAUUAUUAAAAAUAAAGAAUGAAUAACUUAAAAAUAAUCUUGAAUAGUGCGAAAAAUGAUUAAUUAAAUAUUUUAU